UCUGGUGAUGGUUCUGCGCCGGCCCCCGAGUCUGGUGAUGGUUCUGCGCCGGCCCCCGAAUCCGGUGAUGGCUCAGCGCCGGCCGCUUCUGGUGACGAUGAACCGGAAACCCCGGCUUCUGGCGAUGGCUCUGCUCCUGCUCCUGCACCUGCGUCCGGUGACGGCUCUGCGCCGGCCGCUUCUGGCGAUGAAGAGCCCGAAGCCCCCGCUGCGUCCGGUGCCGAGGAGACUCAAGCACCCGCCGCUUCUGGAGCUGAGGAGACUGAACCACCGGCCGCACCCACAUCUUAG